ACAGAGGCAGCAGAACAGAACACAUCAAGUACAGAACCACCAGAACCUGGACUCCUGGGACCAUCAGAUCUGUGCUCCUCCUCCUUCAGUCUGCUGAUCUGUUGGCUUUGACUGGUUCUGGCUCAGGAUGACUUCCUGUCUGUUGUCCCUCCUAUUCCUCUUCCCUUUUGCAUCCUCCACCAUGGCUGCCCUCGAACCCGCCGGCUGCAAAAUCCGCAUCACUGACAGAGGACUGGAGAUGUUGAAGUUUGAGACUCAAAAGUUUGUUGAAGAGGAGUUAAGCAACAUCAGUAUGCCAGAGAUGAAGGGCAAAGAGGGACGCUUCCAAUACACCAUCACUAAUGUGAAGAUAACAGAACUGAAUCUGACUCAUGCUGAGCUGCAGUUCAUCCCUGACGUGGGCCUGCUGUUUGAUGUUCAGAACUCAUCCAUCUCACUGAGUUUCCACAGACGGAUCCUCUACUGGUUCUUUUAUGACACAGGAAACAUCAACGCAUCGGCUGAAGGAGUGAACAUCAACACGGUUCUGAACCUGAUUAGAGACGAUGAAGGACGGCUGAAGAUCAAUAACAUUACCUGUGAUGCCAAAAUCUCCAAAAUGAAGGCACAGUUCAGUGGAACACUCGGGAGAGUUUACGACUUCCUGGCCAGCUUUCUAACAACAGGCAUGCGCUUCCUCCUCAACCAACAGAUUUGUCCUGCUCUAAAUCAUGCUGCUUUGGUCCAUGUGAACUCAAUGUUGGAGACGAUCCCUGUGAGGACGGAGGUCGAUCAGUUUAUUGGGAUCGAUUAUUCUUUGAUCGAUGAUCCAGUGGUGACGUCCAGGAGCCUCGACAUGCACUUCAGGGGGAUGUUUUUCGACCUGUCUAAUCCGAACGACACGCUGGUGAACUACGCCGUCGACCCGGUCAUCAGAGAGUACGACAGGAUGGUUUAUCUUGCUCUGUCCGAGUUUUUCUUCGACAGUGGAAUGUUUUCUUACUACAGAGCGGGGAUCUUCCAGACGCACAUCGUCAAUGAGAAGAUGCCCAAGGACCUGGAGAUGUUGUUGAGAACCACCUACUUUGGAGCCAUCAUGAUGCUGAACCCAGCUCUGGUGGAUGCUCCGCUCUCUUUGCAAAUCGCCGUCAACUCACCUCCAAAAACCUCCAUCAAGACGUCUGGAGCAACGGUUGUCAUGACAGCCAUUGUCAAGGUGAUGGUGCUGCCUCCAGGUCAGCCUCCAGUCCAGCUCAGCAGCAUGACCAUGGAAACAAAGUUUAACGCCAAGGUCUCUAUGAAGGGAAAACGUCUGGCUGUUCACGCUGACCUGCGCAGGUUUAAAAUCUUCUCCAACCAAUCAGCCUUGGAAUCUCUGGCACUGAUUCCUCUGCAGGCUCCUCUAAAGACAAUGCUGCAGAUGUCUGUGGUUCCUUUAAUCAACAACUGGACAAAGAGAGGAGUUCGGAUUCCCCUGGCUGAUGGAAUGGACUUCAUUGAGGAGGUGGUUGAAUAUCACAAUGGUUUCAUUGUGAUAGGAGCUAAUCUUCACUUCAGCAAAGGACUGAGAGAAAUGUCUGUAGGAAACAGCCAGACAGAGCCAGACACUGUCUAAAUAUAUAUGUAUGGGCCAAAACAGUAUAUGUAUACUGCGUGGAUAUCUACACACACAAUGUAAAUAUACAUACUGCAUACACACACAUAUAUCUAUUGUACAGUAUAUGUAGUGACAUAUUUGUGUACAAGACUAACAUAACUGCAUGAAUUUAUAAAUGUAUCAUAUAUUGACAUUGAAAUCUACAAAUUAAAAGAAAAACCUCAAUAAAUGUGUGGAGAAACAUAAAUGCAGAUGCUUCCACACAGGUGCACUGCACGCUACAAUUAGACAGUUAGCAUCCAGUCAUGUGCUGUGGCAUGCAUACAAAUGCUAAGCAAGCCCAGUUAAUUGUGCUAAGAAGAGAAUCCUUUAUUAAUCCCACAGUGGGGAGAUUUUUAGCGUUACAGCAGCAAAGGAUUUAGUGUAAUAGUAAAAGCAAUAAAUAAAGUCAGAUAUGGUAAGUAACAACUAAAUAAUAUAAUAUAAGUACAACAGACAGUGAGUGAAUUUGGAAAUACUGCACAGUUCAGUUUACUCUGAUUUUACAUGAGUGCAUCAGUCUCUUUGUGUGUGUGGUCUACUGGCAGCAUUGUUGAUUGUAAAGUCUGACAGCGGCAGGAAGGAUGGACCUGCAGGAUCUCUUCUUCACAAACCACAGGUGAAACAGUCCAGUGCUGUCAGAGAGUCCUGCAUGGGGUGGGACAUGUUCUCCAUCAGAGAUGAUAGUUAGCCAUCUUCCUUCUUCCUUCCACCACCUCCACUGGGUUGGAGUUGGGGGUAUCCAAGGACAGCGCUGACCUUCUUAACCAGUCUGUUCAGUCUCUUCCUGUCAGCGGUUGAGAUGCUGCUCGCCCAGCAGACCACUCCAAAACAUGGCCUCAGGAGUGACCCUGCACUCCAAAGGACCUGAGUCUCCUCAGCAGAUAAAUCUGCUCUGGCUUCUCUUGCAUAGUGCAUUUGAAUUGUAGCUCCAGUCCGGUUUAUUACUAAGGUGAACAUCCAGGUCGUUGUCAGCUUCAUUAACUGGAGGUGAGCUGGUGUAGGUGAGUGCUCGUACCUGAAGUCCACCACCAGCUCUUUGGUUUUCCCUCCACUGGGACCAAUCCACACAUCCCUGGGUCAGCUCUGUACUGCCUGUCAUCCCCAUCUUUGAUGAUUCUGUUUCAAGAGAAAAAACGUGACUUUGAAAGAGGUUCAUUGUUCUAUUGACAGCACAUUGAUGUCAGUAAUGUCAGAGCAGGAUGUGAUCAGACUGUCAACAGUUACAUAGAUCGGGGUAUUAAAGUAGGGCUGUAGUGCUUAAAAACUUCAAAUUACAAAGAAUAAUGCACAUUUGAGUGUUCAGUAAUCAUAUGAAUAACUGUUAAAUCUGCAGCAGCUCUGGCUCUUCUGUAUCUGAAACACACUUCUUUUAUCUGACCGUAGACUAUGAAAAUAACACAGUCAACAGGUGUAGUCCACAGCAGAAUGACGCGAGUGAGGAAAUGCAAUAUUGGAAUGAAAAUUUUAUUAAGGUCUUGAAAAUCCAGCACAGUGAAUGAAAUGAUCUUUUAAUAAAGGCAGCAAAGCAUCUUUUCAUACAUCACUCAUCAUCCACUCUUGACUAUUUCUUUGUUGUGAUGCAUUUGCACAGAAACAAACAAAAAGCAGCCUGUUGAGCUUGAACAGCGUGCUACAUCAGCUUAGCUAUGUGUUCAUAGCAUAGCCUGUUAUAUGAGAUUGACGUCUGCCAUCGCUGCAACUUUUCCUCAGAAAGGAUGUUUUGAAUGUGACUUCAUGAAGUAAGAACUUUAAAACCUUCGAAACACAAACUCCUCGUGUUCACUGGCCUUUCUUUAGGCCACACUAAUUAGCCCCGGUAGCACUUAACUGCACAUUUGGCUGACUGCAGUGUAAUAUUCUCAACAUGAUGAACCUAUUUAUAAAGUCAGUCCAACAUUUGAUUGUGUGGUCAGUCAUAGUUGGACUAAUGUAUGUGAAUGUUCCACAUAGGGACAGUGAUGAACACGUACACACGUCUUCUGAUCAGUGUGUCGUUGUUGUUUUUGACGGUUGACAUGAAAGACACAAUAAAGACAAAUGUGUUGGU